CCGAAUGGCGAGCACCACUCCACACCCCAACCCCAGUCCCCCAGCACAGCGCAGCAGCAGUCCUCGCUCUCCCUCCCUCCAGCUCCAGCUCCCCACCCUCUCCCAAAACCCCAGUUCAAUCCCAGGUUUCAAAUCCGCCACCUUUUGCGCACACACUUCCCUACCCCCAUAGCUAGCUGCUUUCCCCAAGCGAAAAACCGAGCGGAACCCAAGAGGCGAGGACGACUCCUCAAAAGAACCACAUAGCUCGUGAGCUCGUCGCUCGUGAGCUUGCUCUCUCUCCUAUUCACUCCUCCCAGCUCCAGCUAGCAGCAGCUGCUCGCUUAAAGAGGGAGGAGGAGAGGGGCGAGGAGCAAUGUCGGAGCAGCAGCCAUUACCGCAGCCUCGGAGCAGCAUGCGGGAGGCGCUGGAGAAGGAGGACAAGGAGAAGGCCGCGGCCGCCGCGGCCAAGGAGAAGGCGGCCGUACCCAAGAACGGCGGCAACGGUGGGGGUGGCAAGAAUGGCGGCGGGGGUAACGGCGGCGGCGUGGGUGGCGGCAACGGCGGAGGCGCCCCGCCGUCCGGGGAGGAGACGGCCCGGGAGAUUCAGGUGGUGAGGGAGGCGUACCGGCGCGAGACGGCCGCGCCGGCGUACGUCAUCCCCGAGGAGCCGCCGGCCAUGGUGGAGCUGGUGGGCUGGUACAUCUACGGCUUCUGCUCCUACUUCAUCACCCACCUGCUGCUGCCGGUGCUCUUCCCUGCCAUCAUCACGCAGGUCGCCUUCCCCAACUCCGACUUCACGCCGGACCCCAAGUACACCCUCAAGGGCGUCACCUGCUCCGUCCAUGAGAUGUCCAUGUACCAAAGGCUUACCAAGCACUCUAUUGUGAUUGAUGAUUCCCGGAUGUCACCACUGGGCUGGAGUGGUCUAUCAUGGGCAAUUGGCAUUCUCAUCGUGGCGCCGCUCCUCACUCAGACUGCUCACCAUCUUGACCGUGGCCAAUAUCAGUCACUGAUCCUCAUUGCUGCCACGUCUUUUGGGUCGUUCUUCUGCCUGCUCACAGGCUUCUUCAAGACAGUCUGGGUGUUCCUGUUCUACAUCCUCUUCAUUGCGGGCUCAAUCAUUAUUGCGGAGGCAGUGCAUACCCGCAACCUUGGACUGAUGAUCCGUGGGCUUGCUGCGCAUGACUCAGGCAAGCACCUUGUUCUUCGCCGCCGUGCUGCUGCGAGCCAGCUCAGCCUGUACUGCACUGCCAUUGGAGGCAUUGGAGCAGCCCUCAUGGCUGCAUUCAUGUACCACAUGCUGCGGCGCACUGAUCAGCUCACUGGCCUCUGGGUUGUGUCCAUCUUCUGUGGCCUUAUCUGGUUCAUUGGCAUUUGCCAUGGUCUCUUCACAAACAGGCCCAGCAGCUCAUCACCCACCACUGCAUUUGAGCCCAACUUCUUCACCAAGCUCAGCUAUAGUAUGACCCUUCUGCGCUACCCACAGGCCAUUGGCAGCUUGGUUGCUGUGUUCCUGUCCUCUUUUGCCACAAUGUGCAUCUUCACCAGUGGCACACUCUAUGCUAUCGGUGGUGUUUGCAUCAAGCCAGUGCUUGUGCUUGUGCUAUGGAUCCUUUACUUCCUGUUUCCCUUGAUCUCACUUCCACUUCUCCACCCAAUCCAGAUAAUAAUCCGUGCUGACGCUGUUCGCAUGCAGCUGCUUGGUUUCAUAAUCUGCCUAUUUGUAUCUGGUGCUGGGUUCUACUUCAAGAGCCACAGGUGGAGAGCUGCCCACAUCAUUGUUAUCGCCCUUGUCCAGAGCACUGCCAAUGGCAUAUUGUACGCAUUUGGCCGCAUUCUGCUCCUUGAUGCCUCACCACCAGGGAAGGAGGGUGCAUUCUCGGUCUGGUAUGCAUUUGUCCGUGUUACUGGUGCCAUGAUUGGCUUCGCUGCUUCUUCUGCUGGCCCUGGGCGUGCCGGAGGAUCAUUUGCUGCUGCAUUCCUUGGGAGCUUCCUGGGCAUCAUUGUGCUGAUCUUCGGCAAUGUCAGCAACAUUGGAGCGCUGAAGGCUGCUGGGCACCUCAAGGGAAUGGACGAUGAGAAGAGGAUGGGCGGACUUGGGGAGAAAGGUGAAGGCAUGGGUAGCGCCGUCGCUGAUUCGGGUGAAAGCAGGGGGAGGGUAUGAUGACAAUUCGUGAAGGUGUAUUUCUGGGAGGGGAAAAAAGAUUGCAUUCUGUGGAGGUUGUGUUUGUGAGAAGGAUUUGUUCUCUUUUUUUUUCUUGUUUCUUCAUGUUUCAGUGACACUGUUAAUCUCAGUGCUUUGCCCGUUUGAUGCAUGAUGAUGGAUGACAUAGUGGUAGAGUGUGCUAGUUGUUAAUGUGUUAUUCUUUUGCUUGCAAGACAAUUGUAACUGAUGAUCAUAUGGUUCUUCUUCACCCGCCCAAAUUCUCUAGCAGUCAAGCUUCAUUCAUAAUUCAAUUUCUGUCGAAAAUGUGAUUGUGGCAUUGUGUAGAGAAAUAAACCUCUGUAAACUCUGUUGUAGCGACCA